GAGUGAACUCAUACUCUGUCCCGAUAAACACCCCACUCGCAUUCCUUCCCCUCACUCGCCCCACAGGGCAAAGCCUUCACAGUUAUCCCCACAUUCCAACUGACAGCUAUCUCAAAAAAUCGAAACCCAAAAAGACUCUGAACACCCAUAAAACACUUAUUCUAGUGCUUUUCUUACGAACGACAUGACCGACGAAGUUACGCCACAAGCUCAGCCUUCCAAGAAGGAUGAGAAGAAACCCGCUUCUUCAGGCAAUAAUCGCGGCGCCAAGCGAAAUGUCUCGAAUCCUAGGCCUCCAUCUAGCGGUUCUGGUCAAGGGAAUAACAGACCUACGUCCAGAAACAGCGUGAAGAAACCUGCAGCUACAUCUGCAUCUGCUCCAGAAUCAGGCUCAGAAACGACUACAUCUCGCAAAGUAUCAGACAACAAGAAGUCCGACCAGCGCAGCAAAAAUCUGGGCGGUUCAGGACGAUCUCAACCACAGCGCAAGGCGCAGCCAUCUGUCUCACAAGCCAACCGUAACAACAACCCAAAGGAUCUGUCGGUCUCCAAGCAAUCUUCUCCCUCUCCGCACAGCAAGGAGUCCAGCGAUGCUCUUUCUUCGCUCCAGCGUGUCAUUGCCGAUCUAAAGUCCACGUCACCACAGCCUCCUGUCUCUAACACGUAUAUUACCUCCGCUUCGGUUGGCCACACUUCCAACCUUCCUGUGAAUGCACCCGUAUUCCUACCAGGCGGUGGAUCUUAUCCGGCGUCAGAACCCAAGCAUAGGAAAGCCGCUUCUGUUGGCGCUCCGACAUUGUCUGGAAAUUUCAACUCCUUUGCUCCUCAAUUUGGUGCUAUGAUGGAAGAUGUGGAAGAUGGUUCCGGCCCAAUUAUGGAAGAGGGGGAGAUACAAGAGAGUUUCUACCAAACAUCUGGCCAUCAACCCAGGUCCCAAUCGCAGAGCUUCACGGCGCCUAGAUUUGCUGCAUUGGCUGCUCAACAAGAGCAAGGUGACCCGCUUGGACCCACUGGUCGUCCUCAGUUAGCACCCAACUUCAUGUUUGGCGCAAAGAGGCUCAACCCCCCUAUGGGUGGUCCUAUAAACGAAGACGUCGGUUUUCAAUUUCCUCAACAGCAACAACAGCAGAACUAUCGUUCCGAUAUCCCAGAAUCCGGAACGCAUAGAAAAUCCGACAGCGGUGAAAUCACUGGAAUCAUGGCAGAACAGAUUGCCAUUCAAAGUCAAAUUGAAGCCUUGCAGCAACAGCAGCAGGCUCUGUAUCAGCAACAGUUGGCAUCUAACCAGGUUCUAUCUUUCCAAACUCCCGGCCUGGCUCCCAAUCGCGGAGCUCAUCGGCGUGUGCAAAGCACUGUACCUGUGGGUAUAUCAGGGAAUCCCGGUUUUGGUGGAGCGCAGAAUGGAAUGGGACAGUUCGGGAACCUUGGCGGGCUUAAUCUUGGUCUUGAUGGACAAUCACAGGGUAUUCCACGCGGUCACGGACGAAGACAUAGUGUUAAUGUGGUCAAUAAGGCUUCUGGUGCAGGGUUCAACCCUGGACUCAAUCAGGACACCUUUGAUGACGGUUUCCAACCGCCUGCAGGUUUCAAUGGUCAUUCUCGACAGGUCUCACGAGCCGAUAAUAGCUGGCGUAUUAACGGCGGUGUUGGUGGUGUACAAGGCAAUGGUGCCUUUGCUGCAGAUCUUGCGCAAGCCCAAGCGCAGCUGCAGAGCCUACAACAAUUCCGGGCGGCGGCUGGAGGACAUCAUCAAAAGAUGGCGUCGUUUAGCUUCCCCAAUAUGCUACCCAAUAUGAUGGCAGCUAAUAUGAUGGGGAUGGGAUUGGGUGGAAUGAACCUUCUACAGCAGCAGCAACAACAGUUCCAAUCCCAGCUACAACAGCAACCCCAACGAAAGUCCCUUUUCGCACCUUAUCUUCCACAGGCAUCACUCCCUCCUCUAUUGGCUGCAGGGAAGUUGGUCGUUGGAAUUCUUCGAGUAAACAAGCGCAACCGAUCCGAUGCUUACGUGGCAACGGAAGUUCUCGACGCCGACAUUUACAUCUGUGGUUCCAAGGACAGGAAUCGUGCACUCGAAGGUGACAUCGUCGCUGUGGAACUACUUGAUGUGGACGAGGUCUGGGGAACAAAGAAAGAGAAGGAAGAAAAGAAGAGAAAGAAGGAAGAGAACGCCGCCUACGAUCCCAAGGGAGUAGCUGGUCGCAAGGAUGACAAGAAAAAAGACGACGUUGAGGUCGAAGGACAAGGGCUGAUGUUAUUUGAGGAUGAAGAAGUUACUGAUGAUGUUAAACCUCAGUUCGCUGGACAUGUCGUGGCAGUGGUUGAACGCAUGCCAGGGCAACUGUUUUCAGGUACCCUAGGAUUAUUGCGACCUUCGUCUGCUGCUACCAAGGAGAAGCAAGAAGCGGAACGUAGAGAGCGUGAAGGUGAUCGUGGUGAUGAGCCUAGACGUGCUCCUUUUGAACGACCAAAGAUUGUGUGGUUCAAACCAACUGACAAACGAGUCCCUCUUAUUGCUAUCCCCACCGAGCAAGCUCCGCCCGACUUCGUUCAGAAUCCCGAAGCUUACGUGAACAAGCUCUUCGUGGCCUGCAUUAAACGUCAUCCUAUCAGCUCACUUCAUCCAUUCGGUACUCUGGUUGAGGAACUUGGACCUAUUGGUGACAUUGAGGUCGAAACUAGUGCACUUCUUAAAGAUUGCAACUUCCCGACAGAGGAGUUCACUGAUAACGUCUUGAAGUGCUUGCCGCCAAUUCCGUGGACGAUUCCUGAACGCGAACUGGAGAUCAGGAAAGACUUGCGUGGGGAAAGAGUGUUCACGAUUGACCCUGCGACGGUCAAAGACCUCGAUGACGCCAUUUCCAUCAAGCUUAACGAGGACGGGAAUUAUGACAUUGGUGUCCACAUUUCAGACGUGUCGUACUUUGUCAAGCCCAAUACCGCUUUGGAUCGUGAUGCUCGUAAACGAGCUACUAGCGUCUAUCUUGUUCAACGCGCAGUUCCCAUGCUCCCUCCUGCUUUGAGCGAGCAACUCUGCAGCCUUGUUCCAGGCCAAGACCGCUUGACGUUCUCGGUCAUUUUCACCUUGAGUAAAGAGGCGACAGUGUUGAUGAAAUGGUUUGGUAAAACGGUCAUCAGAUCGGCGAGCAAGCUUUCUUAUGAUGAUGCUCAGAACGUUAUUGAAGGCAAGCCCUUGGGUAGCGUGCCGGUAGCGCCAGAACACGGAGCGGGUGACAUUGAGCACGACAUUAAAACAUUGCACGAUCUUGCUACUAAACUCCGAGCUCAGCGUUUCGAAAAGGGGACCCUGAGUCUUGAUUCUCUACAGCUCGAGUUCCAACUCGAUGAGAACGGAAUGCCGACCGACUGUUGGCAACAUGCCCGAAAUGACGCUAAUGAUUUGAUUCAAGAGUUUAUGAUCCUGACCAAUACUGCUGUUGCUCAUCACGCCGCAGUACAUCUUCCGGAACAAGCGCUUUUGCGUCGACACGAUACACCGCUCGAACGUCGUCUCAACACUUUCGUUGAACGCGCCGCCCGAUUGGGCUAUGCGAUCGAUACCUCAUCUGCAGGCUCCAUUAUGAAAUCCAUCCAGAGCGUCGCAAGUCCGAACGCUCGUCGACUCCUCGAAUUGCUGUCUUUUAAAGCUACUCAACGGGCGAAGUAUUUCUGCGCAGGGAUGCUGGAUAUCGCCAAGUACCAUCACUAUGCGUUGAACGUACCCCUAUACACCCAUUUCACUUCGCCUAUCCGGCGUUACGCAGACCUCCUUGUGCACCGUCAAGUCGAGUCUAUUCUCCAGGCUGGAGCUGAACCUAAGUUCACCAUGGAUCGUGACGCUGUGGCGAAGGUGGCACAACAAUGUAACAUUAAACGUGAUUCGGCAGUAUUGGCACAGGAGCAGUCAACUCAUUUGUACCUGUGUGUUUUCAUAUCAGACCUUACACAGCGGUACGGUCCUGUCGUUCGUCAAGCCAAGGUUGUCGCGGUGCUUGAGGCAGCCUUCGAUGUUUUAGUCCCUGAAUUUGGUAUCGAAAAGCGGGUGCACGUCGACCAGAUGCCCAUCGAGAAUCACGUUUAUGAUGAGCACACCCACACUCUCCAGAUAUAUUGGUCGAGUAAGAAUGUCAUCACCUGGCUGGCGGAGAACAGCGACGAUGAACAUUUGAAGAAAGUGAAACGUAACGCAGAACAACACGCCCUCAAAAUGGAAGUUACCUCUCGCUCUGUUCACGAUGAGAAGGCGUUAUUUGACGAGGAUGAUGCUGAAGACGAUGAAAUUGUGUUGGGACGCAGUGAAGUCGUCAAAGUGGACGAAACAUCCAAGCAGAGACUCCUCUCAAUUACCAACCCGAAGCCUGAGUUCGAGGGGCUUCGUAUCGCUCAUUCUGGUCAUAAGAUUCAGGAUAUCCGCGAACUGAUGACUGUUCCUGUCAUCGUUACUGCUGACCUGACCAAGAGCCCUCCUGUCAUCAAGGUUUACAGCGUUAACCCAUACGCUACUCCGGAACAGAAGUAAUUUGUAACCAUUAAUUACAUAAGGCCACUAUGAACAAUCGCUUCUUACCUCCCUUUCGUUUCUACUUUUUACCAUCCUUUAACUCCCCCUGCCCCACCCGGAAUCCGUCAUAGCGACAUGCUCCAUGCUUUCAUUAUUAUAACUACCACCAUGUACAAUGCCUUCGAAC